UGCUGCUGAAGAGGAAAGGGAACGUGAGAUUCUCCUCCUCCCAACAAUCUCCUCCUCGCACUCUGAUCUCAGCCUAUAACCUCUCCAUUUCCAGCUAUGAAAUCCUUCUCCAUGAGGCAGGGACACGGAUGAAUAUAAUCUCCUCCCUCCCUGUUCCAGUGCAAUCCCUUUCUCUCCCCUUUUUCUCUUCUCUUUCUCUCAUCUCUCCCAUAUGAUCAACCAUCAUCUCCUCCUCGGGCUCGAACAGCGGAUGGAAACAGCGAAGGGAAACACCCACCUCUCUGUCAGAUCUGCUGGGGAUGAGAUGAUAAGGAGCCUGGGGUUUCCCUGAUCAAUCUCAUUUACUCUCACCUAGGAUCAAUACACUAAUUACCAGAUUGGAGCAUGUCAGUUUGCAGGAAAAGGACAAAAAACUGAAGGAGACGGCUCACUGAUCACUGGGAUUUUUAUACUGCAUAUAUUACAUCGCCUCUACUGUGUUUCUACUGCAAUUUGGAUGGGAAACAGGAAUUGCUGGAGCUACAGAUGCAUGUAUUGUGAAUAAAGGGUAUUUCCUACAAGAGGUGAAAAGAUGAAGAGUUUGCACUGUGUGGGAUUGUACCUGCUGUCACUGCUGUACCAGGUUACAGAGGCCAAAAAGCACUGCUGGUACUUUGAAGGAUUGUAUCCUACAUAUUACAUAUGUCGCGCAUAUGAAGACUGCUGUGGUUCCAGAUGCUGCGUACGAGCUCUCUCUAUUCAGAGGCUAUGGUACUUUUGGUUCCUCUUGAUGAUGGGUGUGCUGUUUUGCUGUGGGGCUGGAUUUUUUAUCAGGAGAAGGAUUUACCCACCUUUGCUUGUUGAUGAACCUACAUUUAAUGUGUCAUACACCAGGCAACCUGCAGGGCCUGUGGGAGGACCCCAGCAACCAGGAAUGCCAUAUUACUCUGAUCCAGGAGGAGCUAUGGGAAAUCCAAUGACUCCAUCCUUUCAUGUUCAGCCAAUCUCUCCACAAAGCAAUCCACCAUUCCCUCCUCCACCUUCUUACUGCAACACACCUCCGCCUCCUUAUGAGCAAGUGGUGAAAUCCAGCAAAUGAACCCUCAGCAGUUUCCUUAAAGCUGACUAUUGACAACUGCUUUACUUUACCACAGGGAGGACUCUUUCCCUUGGCUCUGCACUAGCUCAGCUGGCACAGAAAUACUGCUAGCCUCUAUACUGGCUUGCCCAAUGGAAUGAAUGUCUUGUUUUUAUGGAAAGUGGUUACAAUUCUGCCAAUGUCUGUAACUAGUGUAACUCUUUACCUUUCCAGCACCUGGCUGGGGUGGAACGAGGGUUUAAUUGUCCCAGGUCUCCAUUCUGGUGCUGAAGAGGCCUAAUUUUUUAAAUCACUCUUUCAUAGUAUGUAGUUACUCCAAUGUACGUAUGUUUCUCAGCUGGUGAUGUACAUUACAUAUCGUUGCCUCAUGGUCCCAAGAGUGCUAGCAGAUCAUGCAAUAUCUUCAGUAAAAGGCAUGCUCUUGACUGAAACCUUAUUUGAAUAAGUGUGUUUUUAAUCCCAAUCAAUAAAAACUAAUUUUAUUGUCAGAA